AUUAGUUACAUAGGAAGAAGCUAUAUAUUAAAAUAAUUAGAUUUAAAGAGUGACAAAUAAAAUUUUAUUACAAGAAUUAUAUUAAAAGAGAAAGAAGAAAUACGAUAUGUGGAAAAAGACGCGUAAAAUAUAACACGUUAAAAAAAACAAAAGAAACAAGAAAUACAUAACGUAUCUGCGUUUAUUCAUACGGGACAAUUGUUGUUAACGUUUCUCAUACAUUAUCAGUAAUAUGUCUAAAGCCGAUAUGAAAAGUAACGGCACAGUUACCGAUGGUUUCAGUAAAAGAUUGACCAUUGGAAAGCGUGCCUUGGAAGAGACGAGAAAGAAGAACGAACGAAAAAAAGAAACAGAAGGAGGAAAGAAAGGAGAGAAUAAGAAGAUGAUCGUUUUCGUUUUGUUUCGCUUAACUUGAAGUGUCACUAGAUUUUUUGAAAUAGUGCAAUACCAUGGCUAAGAAUACAAAUGACAUGAAGCAAAAUCCCAGGGAGACCGCGAACAUCUUCAGUAUUCUGUUCUUCUGGUGGAUGCGAGAAUUAUUUAUGACAGGAGCCAAACGUGAUUUGGAAGAAUCUGACAUUUAUCGACCAAUGAAAGCAGAUGAAUCCGAGAAAUUAACUGAUCACCUUGAAAAAUACUGGAAUCGCGAGUUAGAUAAACUGAAGAACUUGGAAUAUACUGUGGGCAAAGACGGGCAGAGAGUGCCGUUGAAAGAGAACGCCCGUCCGAGAUUAUAUAAGGCGAUCUUCAACGCCUUCUGGUUGCCCUAUUUCAUAAUUGGAUUCUAUCAAUUUAUCCAAUAUUGCAUAAUACGCCUAGCGGUACCGAUCAUUCAGGAUUGGAUUAUCGACUACUUCGCCAGAGAUCCGAUUGGAAGAAACAAGAUAGAACUGAACGACGUGUUGAUCUACAUUGCCUGCUUGAUACUUUCUAUUAUCAUUUCCGCUCUGAUAUUUUAUCAAUGGAUGAUACUGUCGCAGCAGUUUGGCAUGAGAAUACGUAUCGCUUGUAGCUCCCUUCUCUACCGAAAGUUAUUACGACUGAACAGAGCAUCCAUUAAUCAAACCGGUAUUGGACAGGUUAUAAAUCUUCUUAGUAAUGACGUUACUCGCUUUGAUCAGUUAACAAUGUUCCUAAAUUUCAUAUGGAUCAUGCCUUUUCAGAUCACAAUCAUUGGUUAUUUAAUGUGGCAAAAAAUCGGUUUUUCGACACUUGUUGGCAUUGGAUCGCUAUUGAUCACCGCUCCAAUAGUACAAGGAUCCUUCAGCAUACUCAGCUAUAAACUCAGAGCCAUGAUCGCGCCACUGACUGAUCGACGAGUGCAACUAAUGAGUGAACUCGUAGCUGGGAUACAGAUGGUGAAAAUGUACGUUUGGGAAAAAUCGUUCAGCAAGAACGUCUCUGUGAUCAGAGAGCUGGAGAUCAAUAAGAUGAAAUUUUUGUCAUAUGUUCAUGCCGGGCGUUUGGCCACUGUAUUCUUCAUCCAGCGAUUGAGCCUCUACUUCACUUUAAUCACGUUCGUUCUAACGGGGAGUAAUUUGACUGCUUAUAUAACUUACGAAAUAGCUACAUUCUUCAAACUACUUGAAUCCACCGCAGCGUUCUACUUUCCACAGGCAUUGACAAUGAUGGGUGAAACAAUAGUGUCCAUGAAUCGAUUAGAGAAUUUUCUGCUGAUGGAAGAAGUAAAUAUGGGACAUUCGGAGAAGAAUUCGCAGUUACAGUCUCAGAAAUCAAACAAUGCUAUUAAUCGAGAGAAACAAACGGACAAGUACAUCUCGAAAAAUGGGAGCAUCAGACUUUCCGAGGUUCACGGGCUGUUUGAUUUUCCGGUCUGCGUCAAGUUUCAACAUGUUUCGGCCAAUUGGAUCAGCGGCAAAUUGCCACCGACUUUGUGCAAUAUCAAUUUGAUCAUCAAGCCAGGCCAGUUGUGCGCUGUGGUCGGCGCAGUGGGUUCUGGCAAAUCAUCUAUAUUACAUCUAUUGCUGAAGGAACUGAAUCCCGGCGCAGGUUCCGUGACGCUUAUUCAGGAUUCCUCGAAGAAUCUCAUUCAGAGCAAUUUGUCCAACGGUUACUUUACAGACAAUCCAAAUCUGCGCAUCUCCUAUGCUAGCCAGGAACCAUGGCUUUUCGGCGGUACUGUAAGAGACAAUAUAUUGUUUGGUCAACCCUAUGAUAAGGCCAGAUACACUCAGGUGGCAAAUGUGUGCGCCUUGAAGAAGGAUUUUCGACAAUUUCCACAGGGGGACAUGACGAUAGUCGGCGACAGAGGUAUAUCCCUCUCUGGAGGUCAAAGAGCGCGUAUCAAUCUCGCGAGGGCAGUUUACAGGCAAGCAGACCUUUAUCUGCUCGAUGAUCCUUUAAGUGCGGUAGACACUCGCGUCGCUAGGCAUCUUUACUCGGAAUGCAUUACAGAUUAUCUUCAUGGCAAGACGAGGAUACUCGUCACCCAUCAGCUGCAAUUUCUCAAACGUAUGGAUCACAUUGUGGUGUUGGAUCAAGGUUUCGUGAAAAUGCAAGGAAGUUAUACUGAAUUAGUCCAGACAAAUAAUGAGUUCAUUGAGGUGAUGAAAAAUUUAAAUCACAAUGCGCAGAAAAAAGAAGAAAUUAAGAGAGCCUCGGAUAUGUCAAUAAGAAAGAUCUCACCAACGAGACGUGCCUCAGGUUUAUCAACCGCAAGUUCCACUAUUCAUUCGGACAUUGACGAUUCGGAUUACGUAGAGAAAAUUCCAGAAGGCGAGAUGAUAGCACGCGGGCGAAUAUCCGGCAGAGUGUACAAGGAAUACUUUCAUUGCGGCGGAAACUACUUCAUCUUGUUAAUGUUGUUGCUAUUUUUCGUUAUCAGCCAGAUCGCUGCUAGUGGAAAUGAUUACUGGCUCUCGUACUGGAUUAACUUGGAGGAUAUCAGGCGUAUCAACAACGUUAGUGAAGCCAAACGAUACGCGAACAUGUAUAACGAUAACUUCCUGGAAUCGAUCUUCACUUUGAAUCCGGACGGUCUGCUUAGCACCGUAGAUGCCUUAUACGUAUACACAUUUUGCACCAUCGUCUGUAUAGCUACUACAUUCUUUAGCAGCUUUCUCUACAUGAAAAUUUGCAUGAAUACAAGCUGUAAGCUCCAUAAUACCAUGUUCUCCAAUCUGCUGCAGGCGCCCAUGUCCUUUUUCAAUACCAAUCCCUCCGGGAGAAUUUUAAAUAGAUUUUCGAAAGAUAUGGGUACCAUAGACGAAAUACUGCCCAGAGCAAUGUUAGAGGCACUCCAAAUAAUUUGUGUAGUAUGCGGUACAAUAAUCGUGGAGGUAAUACUUGAUCCAUCGAUGCUGAUAGUAAUAAUGAUAUUAGCUGUUUUAGUUUUCUUCACAACAAAGUUCUAUCUGAGCACUGCUCAGAACAUCAAACGUAUGGAAGGCGUAACAAAAAGCCCGAUAUUUUCGCACGUGAAUGCCACGCUGAACGGCCUGCCGACGAUCAGAAGUAGCGGUGCCGUAAUUGAACAGAUGAUGCGACAACAGUUCGAUGUGUUGCAAGAUCGCCACAGUGGCACGUGGUAUCUUUUCUUAGCAUGCCCUUCCGCCUUCGGUCUCUUUACGGACAUUAUCAUGUGCCUGUUCGUCAGCAUUCUUUGCUACUCUCUAGUAUUACUGAAUGAGGCUGGUGACAUAGACGAUAGUAAAGCAGGUCUAGCGAUAUCGCAGUCAUUGAUCCUGACCGAUUUUCUACAAUAUAGCAUUAAACAAUUUGCCGAGACGAUGUCGCUGAUGACCUCCGUAGAAAGAAUUCUUCAGUACACAAAUCUCCCCAAGGAGGAGCCCGUUUCCUCUGACAAUCCGCCGCCGGCCACUUGGCCUUCUACGGGACAGUUGAGCUUGAAGAAUGUCAGUAUGAAGUAUAAUAAGGAUGAUCCACCGGUUUUAAAGGUGAAUCUGAACGUGACCAUCGAACCUGGCUGGAAAGUUGGGGUGGUGGGACGAACUGGCGCCGGCAAAUCUUCCUUGAUCUCAGCGCUUUUCCGAUUAUUUAACGAAGGUCUGGAGGGCGAGAUUAAUAUCGACAGUAGGGACACUAGUACAGUAGGUCUGAGCGAGCUGCGUUGCAAGAUCUCUAUAAUACCGCAGGAACCGAUACUCCUCUCUGAGAGUUUGCGCUACAAUCUAGACCCUUUCAAUCAGUACGACGACAUGAAACUGUGGGAAGUACUGCGACAAGUCGAAUUAAAUGACAUCGCACUGGAUAACAAUAUCUUCUACGGCGGCCAUAACUUCAGCGUCGGCCAGAGGCAGCUCAUAUGCCUGGCCAGGGCCAUUUUAAGGAACAAUCGCUUGCUCGUUCUCGAUGAGGCCACGGCCAACAUUGAUUCGCACACUGAUGUUUUAAUUCAGGAAACAAUAAGAAACAAAUUUAAAGAAUGUACCGUCAUCACCAUAGCACAUCGUUUAAAUACUAUAAUGGACAGUAAUCGGAUUAUUGUGAUGGAGAACGGUUCCAUUGUGGAAUUUGGUUGUCCGUAUGAGUUAUUGCAUAACAAACCGAAUGGUUACUUCUCACAAAUGGUGGAGAAGACAGGCAAUCAGAUGGCGCUAAGUCUUUUAGAGCAGGCAAAGAAGGCUUGUCAAAAGAAUAACGAUCAAUGUGAAUUAAACUUUUCAGCACAAAAUACUGAAAGUGAGAGUGACGACGCAAUCACAGAACAGUCCACUUUAUAGAUUUUUCGUUAUACCAAAAAUAUGUGUGUAAAAAAAAGGUAUAUAGCUAGAUAGCCAAAUGAAGGCAACGUGUUGUCAUUUUGCUGUCAUUUAUUCCCUAUUAAUUUCAUCAAACUAAUGCUAAGGUGUUUCCUCAAACUGUCUAUUGUUCUGAUAUCGUGUAAAAUUCUUCAUUAGAAUUCAACAAACUGACGCCAAGUUGUCAACAUGCAUGGACAAUUUGCUGUCAAUGUGACAAGUUUAUUAUUCCUCAAUGUAUGUACUUACAAUUUCAUAAACUCAUGAAGGUUAUUUGCCCUCCUGAUUCUAACUGUUCCACGUUAAAUUACAAUGACAGCAAAUUGUGGGCAAGUUUUGCCCGAUAUGCUCAAUUUCGCUUGGCUGUACAUAUAUCUGGGUAGGAUAAGAUGUGCCUAUAUGUAUGUGAUUAUAUGAGAAUAUGCUUAUAUGUAGUACGCUAAUUUUUAUUCCACUUUCAGUUUUUAUUUAUUGUCUUAAUUAUAAUUAUAAUUAUAACAUAAAUGUCACAUUUAUUGUAAAGAUAAUGAAAUAGCAUUAAAUUGUUAUUUUUUCGAUACUACUUUUGUCAAUACAGGAAAUACAAAUAUCUCUUAUAAACAUUGAUUUCUCGAUGUGCUUUUAUUAUACACUACGACAAGAAAAAUUAAAAUAAAUAAUUAUUUACUUAAG